CCGAUUGCUGUCUCUUUUCUAGGGUUUCCACUAUAUAGAACAGCCACAAAGUCAAAAUUGACCAUAUCGUAAAAAAAAUGUGAAAAAAAAUAUAUAUUUUGGGUUUUAAUUUAAGUUUACGCAUAAGGUUAACCAUACUGCUAAGAUGAAAAUCAUAUUUUAAGGAAAUUAAAUUAAUGGGUUUUGACUUUGUGGCUGUGGUAACUAGUGACGACCCUUUUCUAGUUUCGUUAGCUGUGGAGCAGUGUGAACAAAUUCCGAACGAAUCCAUUUUUGUAGAUAGCUGCCCAAAAAGAGACCGAAAUCAAGAUGCCUCCAAAGAAGGGAGAAGGACCAAAACAACCCCCACUGAUUGGACGUUUCGGCACUUCUUUGAAGAUUGGGAUUGUGGGAUUGCCGAAUGUUGGGAAGUCAACAUUCUUCAAUGUGCUGACCAAGAGCCAGGCCGCAGCAGAGAAUUUUCCCUUCUGCACUAUCGACCCCAACGAGAGCAGAGUACCCAUCCCUGACGAACGCUAUGACUACCUCUGCACCUUCCACAAGCCCCUCAGUAAAGUCCCAGCGUUUCUGAAUGUGGUGGACAUAGCUGGGCUGGUGAAAGGCGCUCACGCUGGACAAGGACUGGGCAACGCCUUCCUGUCUCACAUUAGUGCCUGCGACGGCAUCUUCCACAUGACACGUGCGUUUGAGGAUGAGGACAUCAUCCAUGUGGAGGGUAAUGUGGACCCAGUGAGGGACAUUGAGAUAAUCCAUGAGGAGCUACGGCUGAAGGAUGAGGAGUCUCUUGGACCAAUCAUAGAUAAGUUGGAGAAGACCGCUGUCAGAGGAGGAGACAAGAAACUCAAACCUGAAUACGACAUCAUGUUGAAGGUAAAGAACUGGAUUUCGGAGGAGAAGAAACAUGUUCGCUUCUACAAUGACUGGAAUGAGAAAGAGAUCGAUGUGCUGAACAAAUACCUGUUCCUCACGUCCAAGCCCAUGAUCUACCUGGUCAACCUCUCAGAGAAGGACUACAUCAGGAAAAAGAACAAGUGGCUGAUUAAGAUAAAGGAGUGGGUCGAUGCCCAUGACCCAGGAGCUAUGGUCAUACCAGUGAGUGGAGGUCUUGAGGCCAAACUACAGGACAUGACCGACGAGGAGAAGGACAAAUACUGUGAGGAGGCGAAGACUCAGAGUGUACUAACUAAGAUCAUUAAGACGGGCUAUGCAGCUCUGCAGUUGGAAUAUUUCUUCACAGCGGGACCAGACGAGGUUAGAGCGUGGACUGUCAGGAAAGGCAGCAAGGCGCCCCAGGCGGCAGGGAAGAUCCACACUGACUUUGAGAAAGGUUUCAUCAUGGCAGAGGUCAUGAAGUUCCAGGACUUCAAAGAAGAGGGCACUGAGAAUGCGGUCAAGGCUGCUGGGAAGUACAGGCAGCUGGGCAGGAACUACAUCGUGGAGGACGGAGACAUUAUAUUUUUCAAAUUCAACACACCCAAUGCACCCAAGGCAGCGAAGAAGUGAUGGGACCAACGCGACCAGUACAAUAACACAGGGUUCUUGUGUACCGUAAUUUUGUCCUCGAGGGCCGCAGUGUCUGCUGAUUUUCUCCCCUCUCCCUGGUAUUAUGAAUGUGACGAUAGAAUUAGAAUGAUUGAUAAAUUCGAUGUAUGGUAGGAUGAAAAUCGAGUGCACACUGCAACCAUUGAGGUCAGUACCAGGUCCUGAAGUGUUUCCUGGUCAGUUUAUUUGGUCAGGAAAAACUUCUGGCCCUAGUCAGGACUGAUUGGAACAAGGAGGGACCAUUUAUUAUUAUUUUAAGUAAAGUAGGCAUCUCUGACCGUGCCUGACCAGAAACCACCGACGUGACUUCCGUAUUUGCCACACCAUACAAAAUCUGCCCUGGUGCCAGAGAGAAGGCUUUAGACCCUGAUUAUCGCACCUACAUAUAUAUUUCAAAUAAUAUAUAUUUCCUACAUAUAUUUCAUAUAAUACACUAUUAUAUGAAAUAUAUAUCUUUGCCCACCUCACACAAGACAUUGCUGCAACAUUGUGAAUAAGAGGAAGAUAUAAAUCAGUCUUCUGACACCCCUGGCCACGUUCAUAUUUGUGGAGGUGAAUAUUGCUUUCAUUUGUUCUGGCCCCCGAAAGGGAAACAUCAACUAGCUAGAUAGCUACUUAGCUAAACAAUGGAAUGUGCACAAUCCAUGGCUACAAAGCUAGAUGGCUAACCAGCUACCUACUCUGUAAGUUAGCUUGACGUGCUAGAAAUUAAACAAGUUACUAAAAUAAAUGUUUAAUCUUCUGAAUCAAUGUGUUGUUCUAGUUUGCAUUUUUGGGAGGGAGAUCACAAUCUCUGAGACUCAGUGAAUCAGGUUGUCUCCAUGGUAACCAGACACUCUUUCUGCCAUACAGUACAUGCCUUCAAACUACCAUAAAACCCCUUUAAGUAUGCCCUUACCUAAGGAAAACGUUUGAGGGACUCUAUGCAACACUCCAAUUCCCUUAGGUAAGGGGAAAUUAUAAGAUGUUUUGUGCAACUGGGCUCGGGCCUGACACAAGCAUUUUCAUGGAAACGCAUGUACUGCAACCACAAUAUGGGUCAACAAUACACUCAAUAAAACAAGACAACAGAUUCA